AUGAUUCCAAAGGGGAGCUCUCCUUCAAAACCGGAAUCAGCUACUUCAGAUAAUUCUAUUUCUAAUGUAGAAAUUCUCCAAAGGAUCAAUUAUUACAAUACUUUAAAUUUAAAGAAUAAAGCUUAUAUUCUCGAGCUUCAGACAUACAAAACUCAUCUUCAAAAUUUAUUAUAUCAAUAUACAGAUGAUGCCAAUUACAUUAUGGAAUACAGACGUUCAUUAAAGACGAUCCUUCUUAAAAUCAAAUCAAAAUACCCGCAACUUUAUUUAAACACUCCAGAAUUAAAUCCAUCUACGCCUUCCAUCCCUAAACAAACAGGUUUUGUGCUACCACCAAUUGAUACAAGCCUUUUACCAAAACAGUCGUCAUUUCCACUUUAUCCUGUAGAAGAAACCACCAUGGAUUUUACAUAUACCAUUGAGUCCUCGAAUCCAUUUUUCAAUAAACACACGGUCAACUUGAAGUUCUUAUUAAAUUUGCAGACAACGAUUUGCGCAAUUGAUUUUAGUCCAGAUGGAGCACAAUUCUCGUUUGCUUCAGUGAAAUUUUUAUAUAUAGUCAAUACAAUCAAUGGACAGAUUGAAACAAUCGCUGAUAUCAGUAAAGGCGUAACAGCUCCAGAGACCAUCAGCAGAGUUCUGAAAUACUCACCAUCUGCAGAUAUUAUUGCAGUUGGAAUUGAUCCGAAUUUUGUCGGAAUUUUCGACUUAGAAAAGAAAUCUCUUGUUCAGACUUUAAACGGCCAUACUCGAUAUGUUACUGCGCUAGAAUAUGCACCAAACAGUAAGUAUCUCAUAUCAGGUGGAGCUGAUGGAGUAAUUUGUAUUUGGGAUUUAAAGAAAUACAGGUUAAUUAAGAAGAUACAGUAUAGCGAAGGUGAACCUAACAAGAACGCAAAUAGUGAAGGAGCAGUUUUGUCCAUUGUUGCAAAUCCAAAAACUGACAUUUUCGCAGUUGGCAUUGCAAAUGGAUAUGUUGGGCUAUUUAAUGCAGUUUUUGAUCAGGUAUCCUCAUUUAGAGCACAUACAAGUCCAUUGCUAUCAAUGAAUUUUGUUUCAAACAGUUAUUUAAUUACGACAUCGGCAGAUAGAUCAGUUAAACUCUGGCAAGUAUCAGAUUUUAAUGUAAGUAUGGCCAAAUUGUUUAAUGAACAUGAAAAUUAUGUUACUUGCAGCUGCUUUUCACAAAAUUAUUCUGUAUUCUUUACCGGAUCUAAAGAUAAAUCAAUCAAAUGUUGGGACUAUGAUAACCAAUGCCUUUUGUUCACUCUUAAAGCUUCUUCCAACACAAUUCUAAAUGUUUCUCAUCAUCCUCAAGAAAACAUUUUUAUUGCUUCAUCAGCUGAUGGAAAUAUUACAUGUUGGUCUUAUUUAAUGCCAGCCAAUUAG